CAGCGCCGAGACCGCGGGGGCAGCGGCCGAGCCGGGCAGCUGGAGCGGCGGCCGCGCCAUGUGGCUGCUGGGGCCGCUGUGCCUGCUGCUGAGCAGCGCCGCGGAGAGCCAGCUGCUGCCUGGGAACAACUUCACCCACGAGUGCAACAUCCCAGGCAACUUCAUGUGCAGCAACGGGCGGUGCAUCCCCGGUGCCUGGCAGUGCGACGGGCUGCCUGACUGCUUCGACAAGAGCGACGAGAAGGAAUGCCGUGAGUGGCCAGCGCUCUGCUGGGGAGCCAAGGCUAAAUCAAAAUGUGGCCCCACGUUCUUCCCCUGUGCCAGCGGCAUCCACUGCAUCAUUGGCCGCUUCCGGUGUAAUGGGUUUGAGGAUUGUCCUGACGGCAGUGACGAGGAGAACUGCACAGCAAACCCUCUGCUUUGCUCCACCGCCCGCUACCACUGCAAGAACGGCCUCUGCAUUGAUAAGAGCUUCAUCUGCGAUGGGCAGAAUAACUGUCAAGACAACAGCGAUGAGGAAAGCUGUGAAAGUUCUCAAGAGCCAGGCAGUGGGCAGGUGUUUGUGACGUCAGAGAACCAGCUCGUGUAUUACCCCAGCAUCACCUACGCCAUCAUCGGCAGCUCCGUCAUCUUCGUGCUGGUGGUGGCCCUGCUGGCUCUGGUCUUGCAUCACCAGCGGAAGCGGAACAACCUCAUGACGCUACCUGUGCACCGUCUGCAGCACCCGGUGCUGCUCUCCCGCCUGGUGGUUCUGGACCACCCCCACCACUGCAAUGUCACCUACAAUGUCAACAACGGCAUCCAGUAUGUGGCCAGCCAGGCCGAGCAGAACGCGUCGGAGGUGGGCUCCCCACCCUCCUACUCAGAGGCCCUGCUGGACCAAAGACCUGCGUGGUUCGACCUUCCUCCACCGCCCUACUCUUCCGACACCGAGUCUCUGAGCCAAGCUGACCUGCCCCCUUACCGGUCCCGGGCGGGGAGUGCCAACAGCGCCAGCUCCCAGGCAGCCAGCAGCCUCCUGAGCGUGGAAGACAGCGGCCAUGGCCCCGGGCACCCUGGCCCACAGGAGGGCACCACUGAACCCAGGGACUCCGUGCCCAGCCAGGGCACUGGAGAAGUAUAAAAUUUGGUUAUUCCCAAGUCCAUAUGGGUUAAUCUGCUCUGACCUGUUACCAUCCUGGCAACUUGCAGCUCAUGGGAAGCUCCUCUGGGUGCUUCUGGGAGUGAUUUGGGAUGUCAGCUGUCUCUCCAUUCCCUCCUUCCCCCAAAUUUCAGAGGUGUCCUUUACAGGGCAACCUGGCAUCUUCCUGGCCUCUUGGUUGACACGAUGUAUUGUGCAUGUGUUCUGGGAUGCACUCUUCCUUCAGGGCCCAGGAUCCUGAGCUCACUAGUCCCAUCAUUCUUCAGUUGCUGUUGAAAUCUUACCGAGCAGGUGGCGUAAGUUUGCAGGUGGUAGGGUAAAGCAGUAUUCAGCUGUCCUUGAGAAAACAGUGUUUCUGUGCCGUGUUGGAUGUGCCGAAUGGCAGAAGACAUGGGACCAAAUUCUCUGUGGGCUGCUAUCUUUCAGCUCCAUUUGUGCGUGGGGUUAGACGAUCCUGCCAGGAGGCUGUCACUAGACGGCCACUGGAAAGAGGGCAGGGGAGCAUCACAUUCUGUCUUGUGCUAUCCUGUAUAUUGCCUUCAGUCCAGCAGAGGCAGUGGCCAAAGAAAAGCUAUCAGCAGUUGGCACUGGCCUUUUGGUUUCCUGAAUGACUCUGACACCCUUGACUCUGAAUAGAUUCUGGUUUAAAAAAUUUGUCUGAGAAUCCUCGCUGGAGAGUUUUCUCCGGCAGCACGUAUCAUCAAUCUCAUCCCUGGAUAGGCUUGGAGGCCCCUGCUGUAAUUUUUUCUGAGUUCUUAGCUCCUAAAAUGCAAGCUGCUGAGAGCCUGGGUCUGCUGUGGUCCACAGCCCCUUUCCCAGCUUCUGGAUCGUCACCCUCCCAGCUGUGACCUGCCCGUGGCCAAGGGAUGAGGGCCCAGCCUGAGCUGGCCGAAGUCUGCUCUGGCCCUUGUCCCUGUGAGCCGCACCCGGCCUGCCUUAUCCGUUCCUGCAGCAUCAGCACUAGCCUCCUGUGCUCCCUGAACACCCGCAAGUCCUUUACCAUCCAGACUUGAAGACACUGGUUUCUGACAUGCAUGUACCUCUCACCAGAGCUCCUGACUCCCUGUGCUGCACACACUUCCCUUCCCAAGGCCCAAACACCAGCGCCCCACUUUAGGGUUAGGGUUAGGGUUAGGGUUAGGGGUUGGGCCUCUCCUAACUUCCCCUAGUUUCUUCUCUGAGAGACAUGGACGGUAAACAUUUUAGAGUCAAGAUUUGCCAUUGGACUUUUUUUUGUUUAUUUUAAUCUCUUAGAAAUGCAUUUGAAACGGUGUGUUUGUUUUUCCCUUCUAGUUAAGGGACUAUUUAUAUGUGUAUAGGAAAGCUCUGUUUUGUUUGUUUUUCCUUUCAUGAGGUCCAAAGAAAGACACAAAAGGAGGUGGUGCCUCUGUCCCCCAAACCCUGAUAACACGUCACUCCAUACCUGUGUGCCAGGCUUUUGUGCGUUCUUGCACUUUGAGUUAUUAUUUAUCGAGUUCUUGAAGGAUUCAGAAACAGGGACCCCCUUGCCCCUCAGUUCACAGUCUCUGUGUUCAUGCUAGCUCUCCUCCUUCUCAGAGCCCAGCCAGAGCCCACCCCCUGGGGAAAUAAUGGGUAGAAAUGGAGGCAUUAUUGGGCAGGGAACCACACUGACUGGGGACAAAACUGGAACCAGGUGGAGCCACUCCAGGCAGUUCUCACCCAUUCAGGACUUUUCCAUAGCUGAAGACAUGUUCAGUAGCCUCUUUGAUGCUCAUCUAAAUGGAGCCUGCAGGAGGGGGAAGGAAUCGACAUUCAAUGACCCUGUUCUGUAGACUUUUUAAAAAAUCAAAUCCAAAGUAUGCUACAGGAAAGCUAGCCACUUGGUGAUUUUUUUUUUUUAUGUAAAAAAAAGAAACCUAGUUGCUUACAUCUUUUCGUCUUUAAAAUAACUGAGUUAUUUUCUGAGUAAUCCAAUAACGAAAGAACUUUUGAUGGCAGCCAGAGUGUGGUAGGAACUCUGGCUGAGCAUUUCAUCUCCUGUGAGUCAGAAUAGCUUUGUUUCUUCUCCCUUUGAUGGGCCCCUACUUCUUCCUGGUGCUCUGGAAGUUCUUUAUAGAGGAAAAGAGUCUAAUUUUAAUUAAUUGUACAGUGAAUUAAGCUCACACGCUUUUCUGCUUGCAGGAAUCUUAGGCACAACAAAUGGUCUUAGUAGAUAUGGGGAACCUAUUAAUGUUGUUUUUUAAAACAAACACAGGGACAUUUUUAUUAUAGAUUGGAUUUUUUUAAUGAAUGUUUUUUAAUAGAUAUAAAUAGGACACCACAGCUGCAGGGGCUUGAGGGUUUAUUUUUCCCCUACUCAAGGUGGCAAGUAAGUGGCCAGCAAUAUUUUUUAACUCAUUCCAACCAGGAUAUUUUUUUUAUACGUUGCCUAAAUCAACCAGAAAGCCAUCUGUGCCGUCUUUUCUUAAAUGAGAUCCGUGAGUCCUUUUUAUUUUAGCAUUAAAAUAGUUUCACUGCGAUGGGUAGCUUAUUACCUGACUCAACUCCCUCUACUUUGAAACUGACAGUGCUUUAAAAAUGCAACUGGAGGGUUAAUAAAUAGUGUCUGAUGUUCACAGUUGAUGUAAACUGGAAAGGUUGUGUGUGGUUGCUUUUUGUUUCUUGGUUAGGUUUUGGUUGCUUCUUUUUUAACUUUUAUACUUUCAAAUAAAUUUGCAGUUUCAUUCUUA